AUGUCAGCUCAAGCGAAACCACGUUCGGAAAUGACAGCGGAAGAGCUCGCCGCCAAGGAAGAAGAGGAGUUCAGCGUUGGACCACUUUCCAUCCUCACCAACUCGGUGAAGAACAAUCAUCAAGUUCUCAUUAACUGCAGAAACAACAAGAAGCUGCUCGGAAGAGUCAAGGCUUUCGACAGACACUGCAACAUGGUGCUCGAGAACGUCAAAGAGAUGUGGACAGAAGUCCCGAAGACUGGAAAGGGAAAGAAGAAGGCAAAGUCUGUCGCCAAGGACCGUUUCAUCUCAAAAAUGUUCCUCCGUGGAGACUCGGUCAUCCUCGUCGUCAAGAACCCAUUGGCACAAUCCGACUAA